AUGACUUUACAGCAAAAAGUCCAAAGUAUAUAUCAAGCAUUAUUAAGAGCAUGUAAAAUAAGAGAUCGUGUACUUAUCCUUGUAAAUGCUUACUAUCUAGGACAACUCUUGGAAACUGAAUCAACUAAUCCUUCUGAAAGAAUAAUGUUGCAAAAUAUGAUGACUAUCUAUUAUCGACUAGGAGUUACCAGAAUCUAUUAUUUAUUUGAGUUUUUGGAAGUAGAACAAAUCCAACAUACUCAAAUUAUUAACUUUGCAACUAUAAGACAACUCAAGGCUUGUGAAUUCAGGGCUUUAAUUAAUUAUACUCACCAACUUUCUAUCAGAAAUGAGGAGGAAACUGAUGAAUUUCUCUUAGAGUUCAAAAAUUAG